AUGGCUUCGAGCAAAGCCUGGAAUGCGCCGUGGUCUGAGAAGGGAAAAAUGGAUUCCGACACACCAGUUAUCACGUCGGACCCAGGACCGAAUCCCCAGACAGAAACCAACAGCUAUGAUGUCGACUAUGAGAAACAUGGCGCGAACAGCGACUCCAACCCUGUUCCACAGCUGAAGCGCAAGCUGAAGAGCAGACAUCUUCAGAUGAUUGCCAUUGGUGGUACGAUCGGAACUGGUCUCUUUAUUGGUAGCGGUACUGCUAUUGCGGGCGCAGGCCCAGUUGGAGCCCUUAUCGCUUAUAUCUUCGUCGGAACUAUUGUAUACUCGGUCAUGACUGCUCUGGGAGAAAUGGCCACCUAUAUCCCCAUCCCCGGUGCCUUUACCUCAUAUGCGACUCGUUUCAUUGAUCCUAGCUUGGGCUUUGCGAUGGGCUGGAUCUAUUGGUUCUCCUGGGCCUCGACAUUCGCACUGGAACUUACCGCCACUGGUUUGAUUAUUCAAUUCUGGGAUAGUUCAAUCCCUAUUGCUAUCUUCAUCGCCAUCUUCUGGGUUUUGAUCAUUGUCUUUAAUAUGAUGCCUGUGAGCUUCUACGGUGAAGUCGAGUUUUGGUUCUCAAGUAUCAAGGUCCUGACUGUUAUUGGUUUCAUGAUUUUUGCGAUCUGUGUCAAUGCUGGUGUCGGCACGCAGGGGUAUCUUGGUUUCCGCUACUGGGUUCAUCCCGGUCCAUUCGUCGCGGAUUCGGACAUCCAUACUAGCGAUUCUCUGGCCAAGUUUGUUGGCUUCUGGUCCGUUUUGAUUCAGGCUGGAUUCUCUUACCAGGGCACAGAGUUAGUCGGUAUCGCAGCUGGUGAGACCGAGAACCCUCGCAAAACCGUUCCCUCUGCGAUCCGCAAAACCUUUUUCCGCAUUAUCUUCUUCUUUGUCCUGACCAUUUUCUUCAUUGGAAUUGUGGUUCCCUCAUACGACAAGGGUCUUGUGGCAAGUGAUGGCAGUGGAGCUAGUGCUCAGAACGCGAAUGCUUCUCCAUUCGUGAUUGCAGCUCGACUUGCUGGAGUCAAGGUCCUUCCUAGUAUUAUCAACGCCGUUCUUCUUACCGUUGUUCUGUCAGCUGCCAACUCCAACGUGUACAGUGGCAGUCGUAUCAUUAUCGGUCUGGCUCAGGAGGGAUUUGCUCCACGUUUCUUCAAGAAGACUACCAAGGGUGGUGUGCCCUACUUUGCGGUUCUGUUCACUGCCCUAUUUGGACUUCUAGGUUUCCUCAACGUUUCUGACAGCGGAGCUACUGUCUUUACCUGGUUGAUGCAGAUCUCUGGUGUAGCGGGUUUUAUCACUUGGUGUUCUUUGAAUGCCUGUCAUCUUGCCUUUAUGCGGGCUCUCAAGGCCCGUGACAUCUCCCGAGAUGUAUUGCCCUAUAAGGCACUCUGGCAGCCUUGGUAUUCCUGGUAUGGACUGUUCUUUAACGUCAUCAUCAUUAUCACCCAGGGGUUCACCUCCUUCAUCCCCCAUUUCAAGGUCAAGGACUUCUUCAUCAACUAUCUCAGUCUGAUCCUGUUUGUUGUUCUGUAUGUGGGCCACAAGCUUAUUUAUCGACCCGCAUUUGUCAAACCGAUUGAAGCGGAUCUCGACACUGGCCGAAGUACCUUCGAUAAUGAAACUUGGGAAACCACGGAGCCGACCACCUGGUAUGGCAAGGUGUGGCAGUGGAUUAGCGGAUAG